AUGAGGAGCAUCAAGUCAGUUGUAGUAGGGGAUGGAGGAGUAGGUAAAACCUGCCUUUUAAUAUCAUACACCACAAACACAUUUCCUGAUGAUUACAUUCCAACAGUAUUUGACAACUACUCGGCAUCAGUAUUGAUUGAUGGUGAACCCAUUAAGUUGGGCUUAUGGGAUACAGCAGGCCAGUCUGAGUACGAUAGAUUGAGACCAUUAUCUUAUCCACAAACUGAAAUUUUCUUGUGUUGUUUUUCAGUAGUGAGUCCUGAUUCAUUCGAAAAUAUCAAGUUGAAAUGGAUACCCGAGAUCCAUCAUCAUUGUCCAAAGGAUAUAUUGAUAUUGCUUAUUGGCACAAAGACAGAUUUGCGAGAUGAUCCUCAUGUAUUGGACGAAUUGAGUGCCAAAGGUUUGAAACCAGUAACUGAAGACCAAGGUAUCAAGUUGGCUAAAGAUAUCGGCGCUGUCAAGUAUAUGGAAUGCUCUGCAGCCACGCAAAACGGUGUUAAAGAGAUAUUUGAUUUUGCUAUACGAGCAGUAUUGGAUCCCCCAACAGACUCCAAUAAUAAGGAUUACUUCAGCACCAACAGUAUUAGUGGGUCCACCUUAAAUAAUGGGUCUGAGAAGGACAACUCAGGUAAGGGAUUUUCACAGCGUAAGUUUACUGGUGGAAGUGGAAAUGGCAAUUCCGGCAGUGGCGGGGCUGGCGCAAGUAAUUCACAAGGAAAGAGAAGGAAAAUUAAGAAGGCAAAGAAGUGUACGAUAUUGUAA